CAGCCAAUCGAUGGGGAUUUUCAGAGGAGCUCCGCCCACCUGCACCGCCCGCCCCGCUCCACCUCCCCCCUCCUCCCUCCACGCCCUCUUCGAGCCCUGUUUAGUAAAAAUGACUCUUGAACUCACCGAAUGGUCUUCUAUAUGGAUUUUUACUGCUUCUAAUAGACAGUAAACCAAACUGAGGGUGGACCUCAAAUGACUGAAAAGCCAUAAUUUUUCACUUUUACACCUAACUACAUACUGCAUACAUGCACCAUACAGCCAUUGUACAGACUUUAACAUACACAAAUCCAAAACCUAAGCUGACAACUUUCCAGGAGCUCACUCAAAUGCACACUAUUGGAAUGUAUUGUGCAAUCUUCCUGUGAAAAUACAACUGCUUCCUUCGUUUUUGGGGGAUCUAUGUUAAAAAAAGCUCUUUAUUUCUUGAAGAUUAGCCUGUUACAUUAGCUAGUUUUGAAUCAAUGCAGAUCUGCACAAAGUAGUGUUAUUAUUGUUUUUAAAAUUAUGUCCACCGCCUUCUAGUUUAGCAAAUUCAGACAAUUUUAUUACCUCACAGGACAGGACAUAAGUUUGUAAAGCUCUGAUUUUGUUACAUGUUUUGUUCUCAUACCAGUAAUUUAGCUUGAACUGCUAUUACCUAGUGUUGUUAUUGCUACUUCCUGCUACUACGAAGACUUUACAUAGCUUGUAGUAUUGCUAUUUUCAUUGAGAGAUAGAUCAGGAGGGUGCGUUUGAUUUCUUCAGCGUGCAUGCCCUGCAGGAUGCCUCCACAGAACACAGAGGCUGAAGCCAUGCAGGUCGGGUCUCUGGUGGUCAACGGAAAUAAAAACUCAACGGUGGUGAACGUGGACGAGGAAAAGGGCGAAGCGGGAGAGGCAAAUGGAUCGGGAGGAAGCGCAGCACCGGCGGGGGAAGGGGAGUCGGAGAGCGAGGGGUCUAUAGAGGGCAUCCCGCUGAAGAGAUGGGUGAUGCAUGGAGCGGUCAUGUUCGGCCGAGAGUUCUGCUACGCCAUGGAGACGGCGCUGGUCACACCUGUGCUGCUGCAGAUCGGUCUUCCAGAACAAUACUACAGCCUUACGUGGUUCUUGAGUCCAGUCUUGGGCCUCAUGUUCACCCCUCUGAUCGGCUCCGCCAGUGACCGCUGCACCCUGAGGUGGGGCAGGAGACGGCCCUUUAUCCUGGCACUUUGUAUCGGCACUCUCAUCGGGGUGGCUCUCUUUCUCAAUGGAUCGUUAAUAGGUUUGGCGUUGGGCGACGAGCAGGGGAGUCAGCCUAUAGGGAUAGUCCUAACUGUUUUGGGGGUGGUGGUCCUGGACUUCUGUGCGGAUGCAACGGAGGGUCCGAUCCGAGCCUACCUGCUAGACGUGGCUGACACUGAAGAACAAGACAUGGCCCUGAACAUUCACGCUGCAUCGGCUGGUCUUGGUGGUGCGGUGGGGUACGCUCUGGGAGGACUCAACUGGACCCACACGUUUCUGGGAGCAGCCUUUAAAUCUCAAGAGCAGAUUCUGUUCUUCUUCGCUGCGAUCCUCUUCACAGGGUCUGUUGCCCUCCACCUGUUCAGCAUCGAGGAGCAGCAGUACAUGCCCCAGCACGACCGUCUUGACCAGGAGAGUCCAGAUCCUGCCCAGUCUCAACCAUCGACCAAUGGGAGGGCAGGAUUACUCGCCCCCAAACUGGAGAUGAUUGGAGAAGAUGAAACAAUGGACAGUUUUGACCUAUAUGACCACUACGGAGAUGACCAGUCAGAGCAUGAUAUGGACAUGGACUUCCUGGAGGUGGAGCUUGUGAGGAGUAAAAGUGACAGUGUUUUGGCCAUGGCUGACGCGACCCUGGACCACAUCGAACACGACUCUUGGUUCUUGUGUCACCUGGAGCCGUCCAUCUUUGCCGAUCGCUUGUCUCCGUACAACAGCUCCUCUCCUCCAGCCUCUACAUCAGUCUUCCCUCCCCACCACGCCACGCCUCCCCCGGGGAACGCUAACAUCCGACGCAGCAGCAGCGCAGGAAGCCAAGACCUGCUCCGCCCGCACGUCAACCACCAUCACCACCAAACGCACAUACCCAAAAUAUCCCGACUGUCAAUGUUUUUGCAAGAAAUGGAGAAUGACGACGGACAAGAGGCGCUGCUAAAUAAUCAACUGAAUGAGCAGCGUACAUUAAAUGGGAGGCUGUUAGCAGGUGUAGCUAACGGUGACGGAUCAGGCGGUGAUGGUCACAAGCUCAGCAGCAAAGGUCAAGCUCACCGCGCUGGGAUGGUCAAAGCUGCCAGUACCGGAGCUGCUGUCCGUCACUCUCGCUAUCGCCACACCUUCUACCGGCAGCCAUCUUGCACUUUCUCGUACUACGGGCGCGUGGGGAGCCAUCGUUACCGUUACCGCAGAGCCAACGCUGCCUUCCUGAUCAAACCGUCUCGCAGCAUGAAUGACCUGUACGAAGUGGAGGCCCGUCACCGCAGAAGAAACAAGCAAAGGAACAGACAUCGGAGUGGGAAUACCAACUCCUCCAGCGGGGACACAGAGAGCGAAGAGGGAGAGGUUGAGACCACAGUGCGCCUCUUGUGGCUGUCAAUGUUUAAGAUGCCUCCUGAGCUGCUGCGUCUGUGCGUGUGCCACCUCCUCACCUGGUUUUCCAUCAUCGCUGAAGCUGUUUUCUUCACAGACUUCAUGGGACAAGUCAUUUACCAUGGAGAUCCCACUGCUCCUUCAAACACUACUGAGUUUGAAAACUACCAGAAUGGUGUUCAGAUGGGGUGCUGGGGGCUGGUUAUAUAUGCUCUAACUGCGGCUACAUGUUCAGCGAUCCUUCAAAAAUACUUGGACAACUUUGACUUGAGCAUAAAGGUUAUCUACAUCCUGGGAACACUUGCAUUUGCUAUAGGCACGGCGGUCAUGGCGUUAUUUCCCAAUGUGUACGUUGCCAUGGUCAUGAUCAGCAGCAUGGGCAUCAUCUCCAUGAGCAUUUGCUAUUGUCCCUAUGCUCUUUUAGGACAAUACCACGAAAUGAAAGAGUACAUCCAUCACAGCCCUGGUAACUCAAGAAGAGGCUUUGGUAUCGACUGUGCGAUCUUAUCCUGCCAGGUGUACAUCAGUCAGAUUUUGGUGGCUUCAGCGCUGGGAGCCGUAGUGGAAGCUGUGGGCAGUGUACGUGUCAUUCCCAUGGUGGCCUCCGGGGGCUCUCUGCUCGGUUUCUUCACAGCCUGGCUCUUGGUGAUUUACCCUACUCCAAACAGCAGUGAUGCAGAUUCAACCAAAGCUUCGGAGAAAAAAGCUUUGACGACGCUGGAAAACCCCAAUGAGAACUCUGUCGCUGUAGUCGUCGUCAAGGAGAAACCAAGCUUCUGGAAACUGAACAAAGAGGGGAAGGCAACCACCACCACCUCUGCGAAUCACACAGAGAACGAGUCUGCGCUGUGAUUGGUUGAAAAGACACGUUCAUUGACUUUUGAGAGUCUCCGUCCACAUUGUAACAGACAGAGAAGUGAUUUUGUUCCUGGUUCUAGGAGAUAAAACCAUCCUAAACGGGACCAGUGUCACACCAGACCAAUAUUUAAAAGUUAAAAUCAUUCGCUGUUGGCCAUCUUUGAAAUUCCUUCCACUUCUCCUUUCAAUGGACUACAGACUGAUUAGCCAGAAGUCAUUAAUUUAUCGGUGAUGCUUCUAAAUAAGGAGUUUGUGUCGUGUCUCUCAGGGCCUCUAGGAGGUGCUACUGAGCCACCGCCUGGAAAAAAAUAAACAAAAAAUCUUCAGGGGACUAAAACACAAUCAAAACCAGAAACGGACACUGAAAAUGAAACCGUUCUUCCUUGCUGUGGAGUUGAUUGAAUGUCAGCCAUUUUGGAUGUUCGCUGACUUUGUUGAGAAUAAACAACUACAAAACUGCUUCGUGGGACUCUGGACAGUGCUCCACCGCAGUAGCUUUAAGACAUUUGGAAGUGGCAUUUUUCAAAAGCCUGAAAACGGAUCAUUGUUGCUGCUUGAUCCCAAAUGUUUAAUACUGCCCUACUUUACAUGUCUUUGUUCAGGACAAAAGGAUCUGCUCAAGUAGCCUGUACUCAAAUCAGGCAUAACUUAAUGACCACUUUAAAAGUUGCUCAAAACUUUUAAGCAAGUUUCAACAAGGGCCAAAUAGUGAAGGCUAGAUGACGAGAUCAGAGUGGAUGCCAAAAGUGGUCCAAGCUAGAAUCAAUGAUGAUGUAUUGGAAGAAGUAAAAGGUGACCAAGCUGAUUUUUAGAAAGAAAUAUGGCUCUGUGUAAGAGAGGCUCAUGAGGUUAUGCCUGAUUGGUGUACAUUCACUUAUAUUAAAAUGUGUAUUAGGUUAUUUCCAGGACAAAUGAGCAUAGAUGCAAUAUGUGCAGUAUACAGGGCAUUACACUCUUACAUAUUUUUCACAGACGUAGACAGAUCAAGGUUUAUUUUGAUUACAUAAUUUAGACAACCUUAAUGCUGCAUGUCGUACCAAACAAGAGAGGGGACGGUCUUCCUCCUCCAGCUUUGAUUUAACUUUAACAGAAGAUGCUGUUUUAGCACAACUCGCUGAGCCAUUGAGUGUUUAAAAAUAUGUUAUUUUUGAAGUGGCUUCCAUCUUUGUUGUGCUCAGUGUAAAAAUGAUGCCUCGAUUGUCGGGAAUAUGUAGCCUAUAAGUACGACAGGGUUGACUUUAAAGUGCGAGAUGGGUCCACUGUAUUUUGGGCCAAAUUUAAUCAGGAAAGAAGUCAUGUUGUAUGACUUGUGUUGUGUGUGAAUGAGGGUUUACAAAAGGAUAGAAACGGCUUGGUGGAGGCUUAGGGUUUAUUAUAUGCUAGUUAUAGCAGUUACAAAAAUGUGGAAAUGUUGAUUUUUACAUGGAGAAAUACUUGCAUUGACUUAGGUAUUUCAAUAUUUAGGGGAGUCUUUUUAAAAUAUUAUUGUUGGGAGGCUGCAAAGUAUGCCGAAGGGUUUUAUUCAGAAUUUGGGGGAGUUUCUUUCUGUUAAGAUUUGAAAAAUUCAUAGUGAUUGUGUUUCGUGUUUUGACAAAUCAGACCAUUUGUUGCAAUAACAGCCUUUUAAAAAUAUAUACCGUCUAUGAAAGAUGAGAAUUUUAUGUGUUGGCCAGGGUUUGCAAAUAAUUAGUUUCUGAUGAAGGCUGUGAGUUUUAACAUGCAAAUAAAUUGCAGUGGUGAAUGUUAGCUGAAAUUAACCUUAUUUUUUACAUAUUGGUAGUUUUAUGGAUAGUUUAAUAAUUUAACAGAGAAGUUCUCAAAAGUUUUGAUUCCUAUUUUUAAGUUUCAGGUACAUUCAGUUAAUCUCAGUGCAGAUUACAUCAUUUUGGCUUUGAAAUUAUUGAGAGCUUUGUGUUUUUCCAGGGAAUCACUCUCCCUUGACUAAAAACAGACAAGGACAAACUGAGCUAAUAAAACUUUAGAGAUCUGGGCGGAUUUGCAUGUGGCAACAGCAAUAUGCAUGAGACACCAAAGUAUGUAGAGGCAGUCACUGAGCUUUUUGUCGAUCGGCUGUUUGGGGAUGUGUGUGCUGAAAAAUGCAUGGCUGGAUGUAUUUGUAUUUUGUUUGAAAAAUGCUCGAGUCUUGACUUAAACUAGACUCCAUACACUCUUAAAAUCGCAUGUGACUUCUGAUGUUUUUGCACAGCUCACCUCAAAAUGUUAGAAAGACGCUCCCCGUUUCUAAGGCAACAACCGCCAUACUUGAAGUGUUCCCAUGCAGUUGUAUACGUCUCGUCCCAAGCCUUUUUCUACGUAAAAAAAAACACAAAAUAUACUUUAUAUAUAGACUGGGGAAUGUCCUGACAGCAUUGACCUCUCGCUCGGCAUGCUGGGAAGUUGAGUUCUUGAUUCCAUCUUUAUGAAUGAAUGUGAAGUGAUAAAAAGCCAAGAGGGUUGCACCAAACUUGCACAUGUUAAAAAGUUACAAAAGCAUUGUUUUGCAAAAGGAAGAACUGAUAUUUAUUUUUUGAGACAUUUUUCACAUAUAGUUUCCAAAUGAAUAAUGAAACCUGAUCUUAUUUGCUGUUAUGGGAGGUGUUACUAAAAGGUGUGUUUAAAUAUGUCAUCUCAGUGUUUGUUUUUAAAAUCAAAACCGGUUUACACUUUUCUCUGGACAGCUGCAAUACAGAAAAGAUAUUUAUAUUGUCUUUACGCUUUCACAUUUUUGUUUAUUUCUUCAAGGCAGGGCCACAACACCACACAAGUUUGCACUUUCCCCGUGGCGGCCAUUUUGGCUUUAGCAGGCGUCCGAAACAGGUGCUCCCAGUGCCGCUCAGAUGAUCUUUGAAUGUUGAGUUGUCUUUUAAUGACAACACAGGGGCAAUGUAAUAUUUAUAAUCCACCUCAGCCUGGUUUAGUUCUGCCUUCAGUGAGUUGAGAAAGUUGCCUAUAUUAUUCUUCGAACUUGAGAGGCCGAGUCAAGAAGAUUACUUAAAGAAUGGGAAAGCACGUAUGCGCAGUGUACUAUAAUAUAUAUGCCUUGUUAUUUUGGAAAAAAAGAUGUAAAUAUACCUAAUUCUCUUUUAGUUUCUUUUUUGCUGCUAUAAAAAGAUGAUUAUUUUUGUUAGUUUUGUUUUCUAUAUAAAGACUGUAUAUAUCUCUAUGUAUGUACAUAUGCUUGAGCCUUCAUAUGUAGGACUCUGGAUGAACACUGUAUUGAACGCACCUUUAAACUCUGUUCAACUAAACCAAAA